ACAUAUUAUUCAAUCAAUCGAUCUUCGUUGUAUGGCUUCUACUUUCAAUAAAUUUAUAUUCUCCACCAAUUCUCCACUCUACGUGACAGUGGAAUCAACCGUGCUGUACUGGCACAACUGAAAGCCAUUUAUAAAUCAAGAACAUUAUUGUCUUAAUAGUGUUUGAGUUUUUAAAAACAAUUUAACAUUUCUAUCAUAGAUACAGUAUCAUUUUGUAAAUAUAGAAAUUAAAAUUAAUAUGGAAACUCUUGAACCAACUCCUGAAGCCUUACAACGAAAACUUUACUUUUUGUUAGAACAAUUACAAGAUAUGGCCCGAGAAUUACCACCAAAGUAUCAAAUGCGGGUCCCUAUAGAGCUGUUGUCAGGUUUAGCAAAUUGUCUCCUUAAUGAUACAGUGUUUGAAAUAGUAAAAGGUUUAAUGGAAAUACAACAUGUAACUGAAAAACAUUUAUUUCAACAGAGACUACAAAUUAUUAAUAAACACACAAUGGAAAUUCAAGAAAUGAUUAACACAACACCAAAUCCAGCGCAGCAAGAAAUCAAAAGAAAUGUGUUAUUAAAAAGACAUAAGGAAGAAUUGAAACAAACUGAUAUGAAACUAGUUAUUCAAUUGGAUCAAAAAGUGAGUGACCAACAAGACACAUUAGAAAAAGCCGGAGUCCCUGGAUUUUUUGUAACAAAUAAAUCAAUUGAAAUUAAAGUCCAAAUGUACCUUUUAGAUUUUAUAUUAAGAUUAAGUAAAAUGGAUAUAUCAUAAUUUUAGUCAUAAUAAAUCUGUUAAAUUUGAA